AUGUCUGUACAGCAAUGCAUUCACGCACACAAUCAUAGUUAUCAAUCGUCUUUAACAAACGAUUCAUACAAUAAGAGUUAUUAUCCAGCAUCAAAACGUCCAUUGAAUUAUGAUGAACAAAUUGUAAAAGGUGAUUCAGCAAACGGAAUAGAAUGUCCAGCAAAAAGACGAUCAACUAGUUCAAUAUCAUCGGAAGCAUCUUUUAAAAUGCAGCAACAAGGAAUGAAUGCAACAACUGAUGAAGGAAAUAUUGGUGUACCAAGUCGGCAAUGUAGUGUAUGUGGAGAUAUAAGUACAGGAAUUCAUUUUGGUGGUAAUAGCUGUGAAAGUUGUAAAGCUUUCUUUCGUCGAUCAGUUCAAUGUAAUCGUUAUCAAAAUUAUAAGUGUUCAAAUGAAGCACAAUGCCCGGUUAAUACAGUAACACGUAAAGUCUGUCAACAUUGUCGUUAUACAAAAUGUACGGCAAUUGGUAUGAAACCAAAAUGGGUUUUAUCUGAUCAAGAACGUGAAGAAAAAUAUGGUUCAAGACGUAAACGUUUUCGAGAGAAUCGUACAGCAGAAGAAGAUCCUGAUAUUUACAAAUAUUUAACAACCGACGAAAAAGUACUGAUUGAAGAUAUAGCACAUGCGUUGUAUCAAUCAAGAACAACAUAUCCAUUACAAUUUCCAAGCGAAUUAAAUCAACAUUUACGUUCAUUAGAGUCAGGAUCACCACCACCAACACCACCGUCAUCAACAUCUGAAAAACCUCCCAGUCCUUCAGCUAAUUUUCUUAUUAUACCUAUUCAACGUCUCGUGUUAUUUGCAAGAAUGCUUAAAGAUUUUGAUUUAUUUUCUGAAGAUGAUAAAGUUAGUUUACUCAAAGGUUCAGCUAUUGACAUAAUGAUUUGUUCAUCGAAUACAUUAUUUGAUCCGAAAACACAUGCAUUUACAAAUUAUUUAUCACGAGAUCAACGUGCUGUUAUGGAUACUCAAAUAAUGCCACUUGAUCCAUUACUAAUGAAAAUAUGGGGAGAAGAAUUAUUUCAUCUGACAAAAAAGUUUUUAAUUUCAAUGUGUAACUUAGAUGUUGAUGAAGUAGCAUCAACUUUGCUAGCACCAGUCAUAUUAUUCUCACCGGAUCGUUCAAAUAUCGUAGAUCUUGAACUAGUUAAACAUUUACAAACCAAAUAUGUUACUCUACUACAAAAAUAUAUGCAAUGGCGUUAUGGUGUUGAACAAACAGAAAAUAUCUAUCCAAAAUUGUUACUACAAAUUAUAACCUUACGUACAUUAAGUUUAGCUCAUACUGAAGUUAUACAAAAGGUUAUGUCUACUUCAAGUGUUAAUCCACUUGUUCAAGAAGUUGCUGCUAAACCAGAUGUUUUAAAUAAAUCAGCAUCAGACAGAAUGGAUUCUCGGUCUUAUUCAUCAACACCAAACGAUAGUGACAUGAUAGAUUAUGAUAAAAAUCCAUCAAUCGAUACUGAAAGUAAUAUUGGCUCAGAUGAUGAUGAUACAAAUAAGAAAAAAUCUCGUUCAUACAUUGACGAUGAUGGAGAUUAUGAAAAUGAAGAUUCUAACGAAACAAAUCCGAGAAAUAUUUGGAAAAAACGGCGUAAAAUAUCACCUGUAGUGCAAACAGAAAUCAUCAAUGUAGAACAAAAUAAACUGCCUAGUCCUCUUCAAAAUACUUCUCAUUCAAUGAAAACCGACUUUAUGCGUACAAAUUCUAAUGAAUUUGAAAAAUAUUCGAACCCGGCUAUGUUAAAUAAAAGACCUCAUGACCAUCAAGUGCCCAGUUUCGUACCAAGAUCACAUGACGAUAUAACAAUCUCAAACAGAGCAACUUCUCGGCGGCAUUUACCACCGAAAAAGCAAUCAUUAUUAACUAAUCGUGAAAGUUCCAAUGAACACAUCCAUCGAACGCACUCAUUAUCAGCCACAGUUGAUAGUUCUCCUCAUGAUCGACAUUCACAGUUAAAUCAUAUUUCAAAUUCAACAAUAUUUCCAACACCGAUGCAACAAUAUUCUCCGAGUACAUUUGGCGAAUUUCAAUCAUUUAACAGAACUGGAUCGCCUAAUUUUCAACAACAACAAAAUGAGCAACAUUUAUUUCGUCUCUCAUUAGUUAAUCAUCAAAAUCAAACACCACCUAUUCAAUCACCAGCAAGUCAUCAAUCUCAGUCAGGAGCACCUCUUGACCCUGAUGAACAACAAUUACUUGAUGCUAUUCAUGCGCAUCCAAAUAAGCGCGAUCUUGUACUUAGUCUUCUUCGACAAGUGAAUGAACCAUCAUUUACAUCUUCUGUGAAUAAUCAACCUAAUUCAAAUCAUCUGAAUCAACAACAAAAUCGAUGA